AUGAAUCCAUUGGAAAAUGGUUAUAUGCAUUUACCACAGUUGCGGAAAGAAAUUGCACUUAAAAGUGUAUGCGUUUUUAUACCUAAUUCUUUGAUUGGAGCUAUUAUUGGCAGCAAAGUAAGUUAAUAUUCUCUUUUCUAUUUUUGAGCGGAUUUUAAUUUCUUUUUCUUUGUGAAAUUGAAGGAAAGGAUAUUGUAGAUAUUAGUAACUUCUUUUAAGGGAGCUUAUGUCAAACUUCUUCAACAACUCACCUGCGCCAAUGUCACAGUUGAGCCGGACAAGAUCAGAUCUAAAAGCCCAAAUGUAAGUUGGGUUUAUUCAUAGAUUGUUGAUGUUUAGGCGAAAGAAGAGAAAAGCAAAGACGAAGAAAGCAAAGAUGAUGUUAUCCCAAACACAAUUGACGAAUACAGCGAACGUUUGAGUCGAUUAAUUUUGGAUCAGGCUUUGGAUUCGGCGGCUGCUGCCAAGGCCAGUAAUUCGUCAGACGACUUUGAACGACUGGUUACUAUUGCUGGUUAUGACGACGAUAUUAUUAGAGUAAGUUAAUCAUAUUUUGUUUUGUGAACUUAAGGUUUUUAGUUUAGAAGACGAUUUAAUUGUGGCUUGAUAUUACACUUGCUUUUAAAAAGCCGUGCUUUAAGAUUUUCUGAAUUUUACGAACUACUUUUAAUAUAACUUGAAGGAAUAAGGCGUAAAAGCGAACAUUGGUUUAUAUUUAUGGUUUUAGGCAUUGUUCUGGAUUUAUCAACGAUCAGCUGAAGUUCGAAACAUUCCAUUUGGAAAUAUGGUGCUGCGAGUCGAGUUCCUGGUCCCGUCUUCAUUGGCUGGAUUGAUUAUUGGCAAAAAUGGACAACAUGUAAAGCUUUGAUUCUUUUUUUAGUUUUUAGGAUAUAAUGUUAAAGUUUAUAUUGAAAAUGGAUUUAUAAGGGAGUAAUGAUAUUAAUGUGGGUAGUGUUAGUCAGAUGUUCCAAAAAUUGAAGGCUUUCGAGCUCUAAUCCUUUUGAAACGUUACUUUUUGUCGCUUACUUUAGAAGGCCUUAACUUUUCAGAUAAACGAGCUCCGUAGAAUGUCUCAUCGCUGUGACAUUAAUGUUGGCAAGAACUUUACGAAAAACGAAGCGAAAAUUUCUUUACAAGGCUGUUUUGGCCAAGUCAUGAUAGCCUUGUCGCGAAUCAACUUCUUGCGAAAGUGUCGUGAUAAUCAGAUGAAGACUAUGCGUCCGAAUAGAAGCAGGAAUCAGAAUCAAAGUAACGGCGAUCGAUCUCAAAAAACCGAAGCAUAA